AUGAGAACCACUCCUACUCUCCUCGCCAUUAUGGCUGCUGCCGCCGUGUCAGGCGCACCCGACACCACCGAGACCAUCCUGACGGGUGUGACCCGCGAGACAAACGUCCCCACCUCUACCGAGAGCAUCUUGACGGGCGUAACUCGUGAGACGAGUGUGUCUACGGAGAGCAUCCUGACCGGCGUGACUCGCGACUCGACGUCCCAGAGUAUCUUGACCGGCGUCACUCACCAAACAUCAAUCCCCUCAUCGAGCCAGAGCAUCUUGACCGGUGUCACUCGCGAGACAAGUGCGACUACGGAGAGCAUCCUCACUGGCGUCACUCACGGAUCGGGUCUCCCUACUACGACUGAGAGCAUCCUGACCGGAGUCACCGAGGAGACCUCUGCUCCGACCUCCACGGGGACUGGGAGUAUCCUAACCGGAGUCACCCAGGAAACAACUGUCCCCUCCGUCACUGACAGCAUAUUGACCGGUGCCACCGAGGGGACGGGCACUGCUGCUCCCACCGGCACUUCUACAGUUGUCCCUGUCGCCGGUGCAACGCUGACUACGGGAAACUCGCUGAUGGCCAUGGGUGUCGCCGUUGUCGUCGCUGCUUUCGGGCUAUAA